UCAUUCUGGUUGCGGUAGCCUUCGAGGACGGUUCAUGCUCCACGCGCCCUCACUCCUCUGCCGCUUUUCCUCGCGUCCACUUCUUCACCACCUCCUCUCAUAUUUAUCCACCUUCAUUCUCCCCUUAGCACGUGCCAUCCACUAUUCUUUAUUAUCCACAAACAUGAUGGUACAUAUCUAGAUUAGAUUCAAUUUUUCGAUAAUAAUUCGAAAGCUUUAAAAUUAUCUCCCGCCAGUUAGAAGAAUUUUUUUUUUUUUCAAAACUCACGACUAUCUGAUGGAAAUAAAAAAAUCCAGUCUAAUUGUCACGUAACGAAAAGUGAAAGAAAUCCCGAGAAUCAACUAGAAACUUUUUAGUGAAUUGAAUGAGUUAUUCGGAUUUUUAUCAUUUAUUUAUGAGGAACGUAAAAAGUGACUUGGGUUGACAGUUGAGGAAUUUGUGAUCACGGAAAUAAUUGUAUCAGUGCUUUCACAUCGAUGGGUGACACUCGCGAUUUCUCCUGUGCAUCGCAUAGAGCUAUCGAAUUUUCUCACGUUUGUUUUCCUUCUCGAGUUCCUUCUGGACCCAAUGCAUUGUGCAAAAUUUUGCCAACUUUUUAAUCUGAAAUGCCGUCUGUGUUGUUAUUAAAUUGUCUGUUUGUGAGUCAAAUGUGCUAACAAGAAAUUGAGUGGGAAAGUUGUAUCAUGGAAAUAAUUUCUGGACAUCAUCUGAUAUCAGAGUGAAAUAUAUAGAGCCAUGGAAUCUUCAAGAGAUCCACGAUGCGAUUUAUCACAGUGUCAAGCUGAGAACGGCAACUCCAGUUCCAGUUCCAGUUCCAGUUCCAGUUCCAGUUCCAGUUCCAAUUCCAAUUCCAGUUCCAAUUCCAAUUCCAGUUCCAGAUCUAGCUCCAGCUCUAGCUCUGAUUCUAAUUUCAACUCCAGUUCCAGCUCCAGCUCUAGCUCCACUUUCAGUUCUAGUUCCAGUUUCAGUUCCCGUUUUAGUUCCAGCAUCAGUUCCAGCUCCAUCAACCGGAAGUUAAAAUGCGAUAUACCAACGCAUGGAAUCAACAGUGGCUCACGAUGGAUUUUGUUGUUGAUGGUACUGUCGACGGGAUCAGUGGUUCGUUCUUACGUCCCGGAAAACUAUCCAAUCGAGGUUUAUCACAUGCUCCAGGAACGAUCUCAAUAUGGAAUUGGUCGUGAUAAUAGAAUACGAGGAAGCUGGGGACCCUGGAGCUCUUGGAGCGAGUGUUCAAGACCCUGUGGGACAGGCGUUCAAUCACAGGCACGAGAAUGUACUCCACCACGAGGCUUGAGAAAAAGGAGUUUACUAAAUAAAGUGAAUGCAACUAGUCCAAAGCCGAUUUGCAUUGGUACACAUAAGAGAUAUCACAUAUGUAAUACUCACGAGUGUACGAAUUACUCGGGGGAUCCUCGAACUGAGCAAUGUGCUAAGUACAAUAAUAAGAUGUAUAAAGGACAGAGUUACAACUGGGUGCCAUUUUUAAACGCACCAAAUCCAUGCGCGUUAAAUUGCCGUGCAGUGGGUCAACGAUUUUAUGCGACACUCGAGUCCGAGGUGAUCAAUGGUACACCAUGCGAUGGUCCCAAUCUUCGGGGCAGAAGUACGGGUUUAACUAUUGAUCAUACCGAGCAAUGGUUGUGCGUCGCUGGACAAUGCAGGCCAGUGGGAUGCGAUGGAGUGAUUGGAUCCGGAGCUAUUCGGGAUACCUGCGGUGUUUGCGGUGGUCAGGGGAGAGGAUGCAAAUUAUUUGAGGGAAUUUUCAUGGAGCCUGUUCUACCGAGAGGUCAUCAGCCCAUCACCACCAUCCCCCGGGGUGCCAUGUCACUCAAUAUCUCGGAAUUACGAUAUACGGGAAAUUUUUUGGCUAUGCGAGGUGAGAAUGGAAGUUAUAUAUUGAAUGGACCGAAUUCAGUGAGCCCAAGUGGCAUUUAUAAAACGGCUGGGACGACUUUGAAGUAUCAAAGGGGUGAUAAAGAUCGAAUGGAGAGUAUAUCAGCGCCGGGACCGCUGAAUGAGUCAUUGAAAAUUGAGAUUUUAUUUCACGAGAUGAAUCCUGGGGUUUUGUAUAAAUACAUGUUACCAGCACCCGAGGAGAUACCCGAAGACAAUGCCAUCAUAGCUCCACCUCUUUAUGCACCAGGCUCUGGGGUGAGUAAAAGGAUCGAUACGACUUUAAUAGGCACUCCAUCGAUUUCCGUAAGUGGGGGCAGGCAGCUUGAAACAACACUCACGAGAAAUCAGGUAAAAGAAGAGAGUGACGAGUAUAGAAAUGCAGAAAUGAAAUUCUCACCAACAACUGUGAUGGCAGGAGAUGCACCAACCAACAUCAAAAAUGCAUCUGCCAACAAGAAAAAGAAGAAACAGAAAAAACGGACAUUCGCGUGGAGAAUAAUGGAAUUGACACCGUGUACAAAAUCCUGCGGGGGAGGUAUGCAGAGUGGAAUAUUCAAGUGCGUGAGGGAGGAAACGCAGAUGAUAGUGGCCAAUGGUAGAUGUAGAAAAUUAGUGAAACCCGAUUCGCCGAGGGCAUUGCAGUGCAAUGAACAUCCUUGUCCAGCUGGUUGGAGAGCUGACGCUUGGACCGAGUGUUCUGUCACCUGUGGCACGGGUGUGAAAACACGACGCCUCGAGUGUAUUCAACAUUUGAAUUCCAAAUUGACAGUACGCGUAGCUGCAGGUGCCUGUCCUCAACCACCGGACUUGAGUACAGUCACUUCGUGUACAGGUCCACCUUGUCCAAAUGUCCAGGUCCGUCAGAUGAGCCACAUGACCAGCCAUCAACGGGAUACCACACCCAGAUGGCACGUUGGCGCGUGGAGUUCAUGCUCAUCAAGAUGCGGAAAAGGCGUGAGAAAUCGAAGUGUCACCUGCAUCACGACCCGUCAGCCCUGUCCUCAGUCGACAAAGCCCGCUGAUGAGAGACCUUGUGAGACAGCGUGCAAUACCUCUCAGAAUCAAACAUCUGUAUGGCUGUACUCCCAAUGGUCGUCAAAGUGUACAGUGCAAUAUGACCAUGAGAUAGAGACGAGGAAAAUAGCCUGCAGCGAUGCCAACGAAACAUUGUGCGACGAGGGGAAAAAGCCAGUUGUUCAGAGGCAAUGUUCAAAAUCCCCUGAAAAGGCCAAGUGGUUUACCGGUCCAUGGUCAUCGUGCUCCGUCCAGUGUGGCGAAGGUAUCGCCCAGCGCGAUGUGAUUUGCAUCGGUAACUCGUCAGGUGAAUCAAAAAUACUUUACGAAAGUAAUUGCACAUCACCGAGGCCGCACGCCGAAGAGGCCUGCUACAUGCCACCUUGUACACCCGAGUGGUACAUGUCCGACUGGAAUGAGUGUUCGGCUUCCUGUAAUGGGGGCAUACAGGAGAGAAUUGUGAUGUGUAUGGCGGAGGGUUUGGAAACGAUAGGAUGCGAUGUGAAGAGCGAACCGAUGAAUCGCCAGUUUUGUAAUACACAAACGUGCGCCAAGGAUUCGUACGCUCAUAAAAUCCCUAAAAAGGUUCAUCCUGCUGACGGAUGUGUAGACAAAUAUCCAAACUGUCAAUUGGUAGUAAAGGCUGGCUUAUGUCGAAUUAAAUACUACAAACAUUCGUGUUGUGGUUGUCGCCAUUAAUCCUUUCAAUUUCAAUUAAAAAGACAGAUUAAAAAAAAAUAACAAUUGUAAUUGAAAGUCUGACUCUGCCGUAGCGUAUAGAUUUUUUUUUCUUUUGUGAUGAAAAAAAAAGUCAAAGUAUUUCUACUAAUUUAAUAAACUGUUAAAUAUAAUAAACGA